ACCUGCUGCAGACUUGAGGGAGGGUGUUUGUGUAUGAAAACGGAAGAUGCCGUCUUCACCUGUGAACCUCGUAUGUUAGACUAUAAGGCUGCAUGCUGUUUCUGCCUAGAAGGUUUGAACUUGCUAUUUUACAGGACGGACUGCAGGAGACCGGGACUGGACCAGAACUCGCUUGCCGAUCAUGAAGGCAAUGAAAACUGAGGCAGGAGAAUGCAGGGGAGGAAAAGGACUAGAGCCAGCGGGUGUCCACCCCGGGACGCCCCUGUGGCCGUGGCCGUGGCCGUGGUAGCUGCAUCUGCCCUGCUGCUGCUGCUGCUCAGGGGGACGGGGCGGAGGACGGGCGGCCUCGUCACCUUGCAGGACCCGCUCGCUAAAUACCCGCUGCGGCUGGUGGACAAGGAGGAAGUCAGUCAUGAUACCAAGAAAUUCCGGUUUGGGCUACCCUCACCAGAUCAUACAUUAGGAUUACCAAUAGGCCAACAUGUUUACCUUUCUGCAAAAAUCAAUGGUAAUCUGGUGAUUCGAGCCUAUACCCCAGUUUCCAGUGAUGAGACAAAAGGUUAUGUUGAUUUAAUUAUAAAGGUCUACCACAAAAAUGUGAAUCCCAAGUUUCCAGAAGGUGGGAAGAUGUCCCAGUACCUAGAUGGCUUGAAGAUUGGAGAUGAUAUUGACUUCAGAGGGCCAAAUGGGCUCCUCGUCUAUAAGGGGGCAGGUACCUUUCUUAUCAAGCCUCACAAGAAGUCUGAACCAGAGAAGAAGUUUGCAAAGCAUCUUGGCAUGAUAGCUGGAGGAACAGGAAUAACUCCUAUGUUGCAGCUGAUCCGUCAUAUCACAAAUCAUCCUAAGGACUCCACAAAAUGUUACCUUCUGUUUGCUAAUCAGACCGAAAACGAUAUAUUACUGAGGACUGAGCUAGAAGACAUUGCUAAGAGGCAUCCCGAUCAGUUUGUGCUUUGGUAUACGCUGGACAGACCUCCACAAGAUUGGAAGUACAGUUCUGGCUUCGUCACUGCAGACAUGAUUAAAACCCACCUCCCUCCCCCUGGCAGUGAGACGCUCAUUUUGAUGUGUGGGCCACCACCAAUGAUUCAGUUUGCCUGUCAGCCCAGCCUGGACAAACUUGGCUAUCCCAAGAGCAGUACAUUUUCUUAUUAACACUGACAUCAUCUGCUACCUUUUUAUUUUCUUGAUCCCUUUCGGACUCUUUCUGUUUUCUGGAGACAAUGGAGACUGUGGACCUGAAUCCGUUCCCGAAGAAAGAGGUGAAAGGUCAUCCGACACUACUGUACCAUCCACAUUCUCCGUUUCUCCUGGGUUAAGAACAGUAAUAUAGUCACAUUUUAUACUAAUAAUUAACAGUUGUUAUCUGGGAGACCAAUGUUUAAAUACAGAGCAUAAUAAAAAAAGUAAAAGAUACUUAAUAAAAUUGUUCUUGUAUUUAAAAAAACGUGCUCAGAAGGUAAACAAAACAGCAGCUGUACAUUUGAUUCAAAAAAUAAUAAAACAUUGGGUAAAAUA